AUGAACGAUUCACGGCUCGCAGACCGAGCGUCCUCGCCCGAGCAGUCCGACCACCGCCGGAAGCGGCAGAAGACGACUGGGUCCGCGCGGAGUGGGGACGAAGAUGCACCGUUCAACACGGCGGUGCGUCAGAGCAAGGCAUGUGCGAACUGUCGCAAGGUCAAGGUGAAGUGCGUCACGGCUGAGGAAGGCCGCGCCUCUGGUCGCUGCACACGAUGUCUGCGGCUGGACAUCGUUUGUCUGCGGCAAAAGAAGUCCUGGACGGCGGGUGACACUAUCGAGGAUGAGGCCUCAAAAUUGAGCAAGAUGGCAGACAGUUAUGAAUGCGGGAACACCCUGCAGACGCAGAUGACGAUAGUCAAGCUGUCAAGGGCCGUUGAGGAUAUCCUCGACAAGCUCGGGAUGCCCCACAUCGACAUGUACUCCCAGCCCACGGUGUUGGAAGCCCACCAGCCCGCGCAGGAGACGCGGCAGCACUCGGAAGAGCCAGGCGCGGACAAGGAGACCCGCGAGCGCAACGUCUCCCCGGACCCGAUGAAGAGCCUGAUCGAGGUCACCAGGCUCGACGGACUCCGGAGUCAGCUGCGGUCCAGCAAGCUGCGGAAAAAGGGAGGCAUGAGGCGUAUGGAUUCUGACCUGGUCUCGGAGAAGGUCAUCUCUUUCGAGGAGGCCGAGGAGAUGCUUGCCUUGUUCAGGAGGAUGCAGUCUCGCCACCUGUUCUCCGCGAGCAUCUCUCCUCAGGCCACUCUUGAGUCUAUCCGCAGCUCAUCGACCGUACUCUUCACGUCACUGAUGCUUGUCACUUCGCUGCAUGUCCCAGGCAAACAAUCGGUCCACGAGAUGUGUCAUUCACGCUUCAUGGGGCUGGUCUCUUCCGUCAUGUUCGAUCGGUUCCUGACACUCGACGACAUCCGUGGCCUCUGCAUUGCUGCGCUGUGGCAGCCCGAUCUCAGCUGGAAGCUGUCAGGCCUGAGCAUCAGGAUGGCGACUGAGCUGAACCUGCACCAUGCCUUUUACGAAGCCUUCAACGAUGACCAAAACAGCCACAGCAUGACUGCAGAACCACGCAAAGAGUGCUUGGAGAAGGCCCGUCUUUGGUACCUGCUCUAUGUGCUCGACCACCAGUCAGGAAUAGCCCACGGACGCCCCCCGAUGAAGUCGGCUCUACGGCCCAUCAAAGACUAUGAGUUGCUCCUCAGCUCGGCAGAUUGCACAAGCUCGGAUACGGCACUUCUGGCACAGGUCACCGGCCUCGCGAUCCUCAGCAGGGCCUUCGAUCAUUUCGGCCUGGAGCCAAAACGAAUCAUGGCAGGGUCUGAUGACAACGUGCUCAACCACCUCCGGUUCACGGAAGAGGUGCGAGCCUGGAAAGACAAAUGGCUCAUGGUCUCCCAGGCCCUCGAACAAAAUGAAGACAGCUCAUCAUCUCGCGACCAUAGCGGUUCUUACUCGAGAGAUGUCAAUCUCCACUUCCUCUUCAGCAACCUUGUCCUCAACUCCCUGGUUCUCCGGGGCAGGCCGUUGGACAGACUGUCAGAGCUUCCUGUGCCUCUUCGGCCCUUGGCGCUGAGAGCGGUCGACACAGGCCAUGCGAUACUACAACACUUCCUGGAUGAGCCAAGCUACCAGGACGGAAUAGUGGGCAUGCCUUUAUACAUGCAUUCAAUGAUCGCCUUUGCUGUCGCCUUCCUUACGAAACUGGCACAUCGGUGGCAGGCCAUUGGGAUCACCGUGGACCCAACAGCGAGUACAGAACCCCUGAUUAAGAAUAUUAUCAAGCUCCUCAGAUCGUGCACAGCAGGCAAGAGCCACAUGGUAUACAGUAUGGCUGAUGGUUUCGAGCGUAUGCUGAGACAGAUGCGAAAGACACAGGCGAGGCGGCAGCAGAGCUUCGUUGGGCCCGAUGCACAGGGCGGUGCUGGUCUCGGAACCUCGUCUGCGCAGUCCCGAAGGACGACUUCUGCCUCAGUGCCGGGAGAAGAUGCUCGCGUCCAGGCCAACUUUGAUCGAUCCUCGGUCGUUUCGGCCGACUCGCCGGAUCUCUUUGCUGGGUGGGGCUUUCAAAAUGAUGGGCUUUGGGCGACGGGCAUGGGCUAUGAGCUUCUUGACUACAGCAACCAGUACUCUCCUCCGGGCGCGGAUCUUUCUCAGUUCCAGGGAUAUGAGGUGCAGGGCAAGGGCUCAUAUCGUUCAUUUUGA